GGCACAUGGUGUACAACGGAGAACAACAUUUGGUGCUGCCCUGCACUCAACAGAACUGCGGCGUGAGCCUCCUACGGCCGGACACACAGCUCCUGUGCUCCCUGGCGGUGUUGAUCAGCGAGGCCGCAGCAGAGACCGUCCCGAGUGUGGGCCGGUCAGGAGCACGGCUCUGUUGAGUGCGAGCUGCGUCGCCCCAACAACAUCGUGGUUGCCUGGAGUGAAUCAUGUGAUGCAUUCACACAUUUCACCUUCCUCGACGGGGGCAACCACUCGAGUGUGCCGUGUAGCACAAGCAUAUGCAACGUCUACACCGUGGGACCAGUCGCUGAUGCCAACUCCAACGAGGAUCCCGAGGACGCCGACGAGGUUGCCCACCUGUGGUGCCGCCACCGUUGCGGCUAAGCAUCAGCAGCUCCGUGCAUACGAAGUGGUAGUGCCACCACGGGGAAAGCAGUUGGUCAAGACAGACAUUCAGAUAGAACUCCCUCCAGGAUGUUAUGGCCGCAUCGCCCCGCGGUCUGGCUUGGCAUAUCACAACCACAUUGACGUUGGCGCUGGUGUGAUAGAUGAAGACUACAGAGGCAAUGUGGGUGUGUUGUUGUUCAAUCACUCAGAACAGCCAUUUGUAGUGAAGAGAGGUGACAGAAUUGCUCAGUUGAUUUGUCAAAGGAUAUUCUACCCCGAUUUGGUUGAAGUAGAGGAUCUCUCUGAUACAGAGCGAGGUGAAAAUGGUUUUGGCUCUACUGGAAAAAAUUAAUAACUUUUGUGGCAGGAAUUUGGGUUUGGCUAUGCUGAAAGAAGACAAUAUCAAAUGAAGAAAGUCAUUCUUGAGCUUUUCACCAGUUUGUGUGUGUGUGACUUAAGUUUCUGUUUAAAGAAUCUUUUUGUUAAUGUAUAUUUAAGUUAUUCCUGUCUUCAAAUUGGAGCUGUGUGAUUAUGUUUUUAGUAGAAUAUUGAUUUUAUUUGUGACAAAAUCAUCCCUUUUAGUUUUAGCAAUGGUGAUCUUUUUAUUUAUGCAGUGUAAAUACAUUCUGGGAAUAACAUUUAGAAACCUGUACUUUUAAUACAUGAUAUUGUGAUAUUUCAAGUUUUAAGUUGUAAAAAAAAUUAGGUACUACAGUAAAAGUUCUUUAAUCCAGCAUGGUACUACUGCUUUGCUAGAUAACCAUUUUUGCAGGAUAAUCUAAAUUCAUUAUUUUAAUGGUAAUACUGCAGAUAAACUGAAACUGUGAAUAAAAUAUUUUUAAUGUGCGUAUUAAGAGCUAAUAAAGCAUAUAAAAUUAA